AACAUCGUGUUGCGGCAGGAAGGAAAUGACGCCAUUAUUGCAAGUUGAGUGACUGUGCGUGUGCUGUGUUCAGUGAUACAGUGCAGUGCUUCCGUGAUUUAUGAAUUUUAUUUUCGGUUAUUUGCAGAAUUCUUGGAUAUUGUGGAUUGGUGGUUAGUGUUACCCCUCCAUUUUUGGAUAUUAUUUGGAUUACCUUUUGAAUGCUUCCAAAUGCUUCUGACACCCGUAACUUUCAACUUGUCCACGGAGUCCCAAAGAGCCGUUGUUCAUGUUUUGGAUCAAGUUUCAGAAGCACCGUGAUAUUGCAAGGUCGCUUUUAGAGCCGCAGAGGGGCAGUGUCAGGUAGAUUAGAGGACGCAUAGGCAGGCAGGCACGCUGGCACACACUCAGCUGGUAAGGCCUCAGCCCGUGCUUCAAGCCGGCCAAGCCUUCUGCAGCAUGCCUUUCAUCGACGACGACCUGCUGUGGUGCCCCGACAAUGAUGGCAAGAUGGUCGACCUAACGCAGUGUUUGCAGGAGGCAGCCAGCGGAGCUCAGCAGCAGCAACACACGGGAGGUCCGGGGCUGGGUGAACUCUCGCAGUCGGACCUCACGGGCCUGGUAUCUAGCCUGGACGAAGACACGGAGGAGGAUCUGUUUAAGCAACUCGGGGAGUCCACAUUCGAACUGGAUAACUUCUUUACCGACUUUGAGGAUAAGGAGGAAAAUAACAACAACGUGGUGUCACCUGGAGGGGGAGGAGGAGCAGCGUCAAAUGUCGUCACAAGCAGCACUGCUCCUGUGAAAAGUGCCAUUUCAUUGCAAGACUCCCGCACCAAGAAGUUCACCAUUGCAGCAGCCAACCCUUUGCUCGCAGAGAAACUUGCUGCGCCCCCACCACUGGCAUCUUCGGCUGCUACGCCUGCAGCAGUCACAACGCCGCCAUUCAAUGGCGGACGCACCACCAUCAAGACAGAGUGUCUCGCCCCAGACAGCAGCAAAGUGGACACAGCAGUUCCGGGAUCCCACUCGCUUCUUGAUCUGGGCGUCACAUCGCCGUCACCACCCCCAGUGAAGCGCGAGCCACCGGAACACAAAGUGCUGCUCCAUGGUGCCAUCGGCCAGCAUCCUCACCUGGCACACCGCACGACCGCGUAUACGACCUCAACAACAGGCUCUCUACCACCCAGCCCUGCGGAUUCCGGCGUCUCUGACGUGGACAGUAGCAGUAGUGGCCACACGUCCAAUGACGAGCUGAAGGCGCGCCUCCAGCUUACCCCAGGGCCCGCGGCGAGAACUCCAGACAGCCCUGGGCCAGGGCACCACGGUUUCCUGGCCCCGUACUACCACCAUCACCACCACCAGCACCAGGUCCAGUCCACAGUGCACCAGUCCAGGAGUAGUCAUCACCAACCUCCACAGCAUUACCCCGGCGGCAGACACCCCCUUCCUGAUGGCUACAGUGGGUACCUGCCUCCCCCAUCCCACCACCAGCAGCAACAGGCAUACCACCAUCAGAUGGCACCCCAACAAUUCGCCGCCCCACCCGCCAUCCCGACGCCCGUAAUCCAGGCCGCCACUUCCAGUGUGAGCGAUGAUCUGUACAUGCUGGAUAUAGGCUUCCCACCACGCACCAAGAAGAAGAUGAAGAAGCCAAAGAGCGGAGAACCUGGCACCGCCAAGAGGAAGAGUCGUGAAGGCUCGACAACGUACCUGUGGGAGUUCUUGCUGAAACUGCUGCAAGACAGAGACUACUGCCCCCGUUAUAUCAAGUGGACCAAUCGGGAGAAAGGAGUCUUCAAGUUGGUCGAUUCUAAAGCCGUGUCUCGCCUGUGGGGGCUGCACAAAAACAAACCUGACAUGAACUAUGAGACAAUGGGCCGGGCACUUAGGUAUUAUUAUCAGCGUGGCAUUCUGGCCAAGGUGGACGGGCAGAGAUUGGUGUACCAGUUUGUAGAUGUGCCCAAGGACAUUGUCGAGAUAGACUGCACAGGAGCGUGACCUGCAGAUUUAUUUGUACAUAUCGAGUCACCAGGUGGCACCAGCUAACUCUCAGUGUGUGCCUUGUGCGAUGGAAAGUGAGUGCAAUUAUCGUUAUAUUCGUGGGACACUCCAGGUUAAACGAUGUUUUCAACGAAUAAAAAAACAAAGAAUAAUAUUUUGCUUCAAAUUAUUUCUUUUUUUAUUUUGAAAAGAUCUCAGGAACUGGCAAAAACAAAAGAAACAAAUAAAAAAAAUAAUAAAAAAAAAGAAAGAACUUUAUUUUUGUAAGUGUUUGACUUGGUGCUGGGACUAAACUUGGGGUUGGAAGAUCCAGUGAGGUGCUGCUGUGUUACAGGAACUGUGGUCUAAUUAUGCUCCAGGAAUGAUAAUAUACGCUACACAAGUGGAUUGACACUUCACAAACAGUUUUGGGAUUAUUUGUUAUAAAUUAAUGACUAAUCCAAGAGAAAUCUUUGAAGCAGGUUGAUAAAUCCUCUUUGAAACCAAGCAACACAAUCAUACGGGGCGGUGAUUUCUCCUGGAUUUGUUACCCUGCAAGUUUACACCAAUAAUUCCAUUUUGUUUGGAAGGUGAAGUUAUCAGUGAAUUGUAAGGUAUAUAUUUGAAUGUCCACAAAUCUAUACGAAUAUGUGUGUAGUCUUGUAAGUUAUUUAUUUUGUUAAUAAUAGCAUAUUUAGGGCCUAGGUGUAAGGUACCAUUAUCAUAUUCCACCAAAAUACUGUAUAUUUUGAUUAAGGGUGCGUGGUAAAGUGGGGAUGAUUCCCCAAUAUUGUGAUGACGAAAAAGAUUAAGAUGAUGACGGUGAAACAGAGAGCUCUGUCAUACUAAAAUGUCAUUCAUUGUUCUUUCUAUGUUUUUAAAAUCUGUUUCUAUUUCCAGUGUCAAAAUUUGAACACUCCUUCUUGUAGGGAUUGAUAAAUGUUAUCAGCAGUUUACUGAGCCGGAAAGUACAAGUCAUGUUUGCCAUCAGAUGACGUACUUAUUCGCUAUUACUGUGACAGGUUGUCCUUCAUUUUCCAAUAUUAUAUCAAGUUAAUGGAUGGUUGCUUGUAUUAAACUGUGUGUACAACUGUUUGGUAUCUGUAAUAUAUGUUAUCGAAUCAGAAUGAGCAUUUUGAAGUAUCGAGCGACAUCGGAACACUCGUUAGAGACCUGAGCCUGGGACCGCGCUCGCAUUUAUUGGCCGGUCCGCUCUGAAGCCGUGUCUGUCACUACCCAUCGUUUGUACAAUAAUAAAUGAAGAAACGUGUCUUCAGUCUUCAUAUCUGAGCUGGUAAAGUAUGCUAGUUAAAUAUUUAGCGAAGUUUAGAUUUUGAUUGUAUCAGAAUACUUCCAAGUGCUGGUUCUGUUGUAAUAUUAAAAGAAAUCUGUGGAACAUAUUUGUAUCUAUGUAAAAAUAUAUGUUUGUCUUUAUUUGUCCAGGAUUCUGUUGUUUAAUGGAGAAUCACUGUAUGUCCAACAAUUAUUUUUAAUGGUUUUUUUUAUGUGGAUCUUCCCAUCCAAUUUAAUUUUCACAUUAAUCUCUUUAAGCAGAGUAUAGGCCUUUCGUGGUUCUGUUACGAAGAAUGAGUUGUGCUUGUAAACUUGUACAAAAGCAAACAACUGUAACUUUCUGUGAUUAAUGAAACGGGGAAAAGAGGCAGCAAGAACUGUGAUGAUGUAUAAUUGGAUGAUAAAUCUUGGUGCUUAGAAGACACGUCCAUCAAUGAAGCUGACGCUUACAGACUGCCUGCCUGCUUGAUUGACUGAGAAUGUAUUGUUGUACUGUUAAGAAUAGAGGCAUUAUUUAGAAAAUUUUACUUCAAAUAUAAUUUUAAAUUUUCAUUAUCAAUAUUUGAUUGACAUAUAAGAUAGUGCUACAAUUGCUGUUAUAUGUCCAAAAUUUGCGUCCAACAAUAAUGUGAUGUCAUCUGACGAAAGAAAAGUUUAAAACUAUGUUCUUACUCUUGAAAGUAAAGGAUCUUUAAAAUGUAGUGAAAGAUUUCUGAGUAUAAUUUUGUAAUUCAUUAUUAUACACACUGAAGUAGACCUAUACAGUGCCUCACAAAAUUUCUCUUUUGUAAGAAUGUAAGGUUAGGAGAGUGGUAGCAUUGUUGCUUCUUUUCCAUCAUACCCCAGUGGGCAAACAGUUGGCAAUGCUGUGGGUGAGUCUCAGGUGUAUCUGAUAUGCUAAUAAUGGUUAAGAAGGGAAUAUCCUUGUAAUGUAAAUAUGUGAGAUGAAUAAGGGCAUUCAGGGCCCGCAGGGACAAAAGAUGAACACCAAAUAUUUUACUUUGAGAGUAGGUUUUGAUUCUCUGUUUGAGGUACACCUGGGAAAUGGCUUGAGAAGCUUAUUGCUAGUAGUACAUGGAGAAAAAAUACCUGGAAAUACUUAAAACUUAUAUAAACUAAAAUACCUGUUUAGAAAUAAACAGAGGUUGUAAACUUUUGGUGAUAUUUUCUUACACAAUUGUGCAUUGUAAAUAUGGUUGCAGUUAAGUGACAAAAUGCCUGUUUCUGUAAAAUGUAGAAUGUAUUCUAUAAUAUACAUGUUAUACUCGAUUAUGGAGUUUAAAUGGAGUCUUUUACAUGAUGUGAAAUAAAAGAUUUACCACA